ACAGCAGUUGUGUGGAACUUACUUAAGUUACUCUCAACUCUCAAGUGGCAGCGAUGCACCAUGUUGACUAUUCAGCUUUCAGCUUUGAAUCUGCAACUGUAAUCAUUAAUUCCACGUUGAAUACUAUUGCUUCUAAACAACCCGUAUUUAGCAGAUCUCCCCCACCCAUGUUCAGCGUCAUGUUUCAGAGGGAGAUCGGAAAGAAAUGCCGGAACCUCAUCUAAUUACAACUGGAGUUCUUUUGACUGCUACUAUAGAACUGUCGAAGUUUGUUUCGCAAGCAGUUAACUUCAAAGAAACCUCAGCUGACCUCUCAGCCACUCUAGAAGGCUUAUGUCCAGUAAUCCAAGACAUAGAGGAGCUAAACAAUGAGUUGGGCCGCCCGAAAGUGGAGCUUGAGUCGCUGUUAAGUACAAUGAGAGAGGGUAAGCGACUCGUUGAAGACUGUUCAAAAAUCAGCCGGUUCAAUCUUGUGGCCAGGAAAUUUCACGAGGAAAAGCUUCAACGACUGAUAAAAUCGAUCGACAGGUUUAUCACCAAUUGUUUGCAAGCUCAGAGCGCCAGAGAUUCAAAAGAAAUCCUGUGUCGUAUGAGAAGACAAGAGGAAGAAUUGGAGCGUUCGACACUUGGCCAUAAGAAUAGAUUUACCAACCCAUCUGCUCCCAACGACUCAAAGUCAACAAAUGGAAUAGAUUUGGUCAAUUUUUGUUAUCAGAAGUUGAAGCCUGUAGGGAUAUUAAAAGUAAAGCUUGUGCAAGCAAAGGAAUUAAGAAAGAAGUAUACUAUUCAAAAACCGGAUCCAUCUGCUGUACUAUACAUACAACAUUCAGGUGACAGAGAUAAAAAAAGCAAGACAAUUGAAAAUGAUUUUAAUCCAAUUUGGAAUGAAAGAUUUGAAUUUAGCGUCGAAAAUGUGUCCACUAAACACUUGAUUGUUGGAGUUUAUAAAUCUAAGCGUUUGUCGUCAUCUAAAUUUGCUGGUGAUGCUCAGAUACAGCUUAGUGGACUUGAAUCUGGUAAAGUAAAAUAUGUGUGGUCGAAGCUUGGGAAGCCCCGAAGAGAUAACAAGAAUAGAGGGCAGGUACACGUGGAGCUUUUGUACUGUCCUUUAGACACGCCAUUUGCUCCCAACUACUCAGGAGUCCUUUAUGUUACUGUGAUAUCUGCUGAAAACUUGCCUGCAUCACAUUUCAUGGGAAACCCUGAUCCAUUUGUUGUUCUGACCUUGAGGAAAGCAAAAUCAAAAGCUAAAAUAAAAAACAAAACCAGGGUUGUGAACAAGAACUUGAAUCCUAAUUGGGAUCAAACAUUUGGCUUUGAUGUCGAGGAUGGAUUACAUGAUAUGGUAAUUGUUGAAGUUUGGGACAAGAACACUUUUGGAAAGGAUUAUAUAGGAAGAUGUAUAUUGUCGCUUACCAAGGUAAUACUGGAGGGGGAUUACACAGAAAGUUUUGAACUAGUUGGUGCGAAAUCUGGCUCUUUGAAACUCCAUCUCAAGUGGAGGCGCAAGUAAUUGUGGAUGGAUAUCUAGAAUUACGUAUCUAUUCAUGCACUUGAUGAUUGUAAAAUUUGAAUUACGUGUCUCUGAUCUCCAUACAGGUUGAUGCAGCAUGAUACAAUUCCAGUUUUUGAUUGUUUCUAAAGAUGUUGAGUUAUGCAAACAAUUCGUUUUUGUGUAAGUGCUUAUGUGCACCUGAGUAAUGGUAUGAUAAGUUCAUAAUGCUUUGACAAGACAAAAAUUUGUUGUGAAUUCUUCUGGCACUUGUGUGUGCACACAAAGUUGUGUGACAAUGAGUUCAUUAGUAUUUGCUUUCA